AAUCCCACCUUUCGCUUUCUUUGAAACUCGCGCCGCCAUCUUGAGUGUGGGAAACCGGCUAAUCACCAUAGUAGACUCUGCAGCAAAAAAGAAGGAAGGGACUGCUUCUAUUGCUGCAGAGAGUAAAGAACUCUCCCAUUUAAGAGAUGCAAUCCCAAUGUAACCCCCAUUAGUACUUGCUUAGCCAUGCCGGCUGCGGUAGAUGGGCCACCUUGACAUAAUGAAGCCACUGGAAUUCAGAGAACGAAAAAGUGUGAUCCCACCAUAUUGUUUGUGGCGGAAGUGAAUCUGGCAAGCUGGGAAACGUCCAGCCCCGGAGGACCCAAGCUGUUUAUUCCGGGCGGAGGGUUCGCCAUUAUUCCUGUUAUAGUGCGGAUUCGGCUUUCAUCUGGGUCUUGUGAUUCACCAUGGGGGAUCAAAAUAGCGUGGAUGGUGUUUCUUAUACUGCGUGUGCUUGUUGCUAGGAUGCGAAGCAGCGGCGACGGUGGUUACAGAAAAUAAACUCGUGUUGCCUAAUGUGGUGUGAAUGAAAGUGAUUCAGCUGGACUUGUGCCACAACCAUUUGUCAGUUUCUGACACCAAAGCAGGAAGAUGGGAAACAGUGCCUUAAAAGCGCAUUUGGAAACAGCCCAGAAAACAGGAGUAUUCCAGCUGACAGGAAAAGGCCUUUCUGAGUUUCCUGAAGAUCUGCAGAAACUUGCAAGUAAUCUCAGAACAAUAGACUUGUCCAACAAUAAGAUUGAGGUCCUACCACCGCUAAUGGGAAAAUUCUUUGUGUUGAAAAGCCUUGCUCUAAAUCACAACAAACUAACUGCAUUACCUGAAGAGCUGUGCAAAUUGAAAAAGCUAGAAGCUUUACAUCUGAACAGUAACCAACUGACACAAUUACCGGCUGCAUUUGGACAACUUGCAGCACUAAAGACUCUGAGCCUUUCUGGAAACAAGCUCCGAACUGUACCUAUCCAGCUCUGCAGUCUUCGUCAGCUAGAUGUGGUGGAUCUCUCCAGAAAUCAGAUCCAGAGUGUGCCAGACACAGUUGGGGAGCUGCAGGCUAUUGAACUGAACUUGAAUCAGAACCAGAUUUCCCAGAUCUCCUCGCAGAUAUCUUACUGUCCACGCCUCAAGGUCCUGCGUCUGGAAGAGAACUGUUUAGAACUAAGUGUGCUUCCUCAAAGUAUUCUCAGUGAUUCUCAGAUCUCCCUGCUUGCUGUAGAGGGUAAUCUCUUUGAGAUCAAGAAACUCCGAGAACUGGAUGGAUAUGACAAGUAUAUGGAGAGAUUCACAGCCACAAAGAAAAAAUUUGCCUGAUGGAUUGCUCAGUCAUAUCUUUUUUCCAUGAGAGAGAGACAAGAGGUGUGAUACAUGUAUCUUCUAUGCUGCUAGCCUACCAGGAGAAGGAAAUUCAAGGCUUGGAUUAAUGUCAAGAUAACAGUGGUCCAUGGACUUGAAGUGGUGUCGUAUGUUGUCAUUAAGGCUACAAAGGAAGCCAGGAAUCGGUGAAACUAUUCUAUAUGUAACAACACCUUUCCCGCUAGCAGAACACUUACGCUUAUGUGAUUGUCCAUCUUCAGGGAUCAUUAUGAUUUAAGAAGAAAAAUGUUGUAAAAUUUAUUUGGGCCGAAGCGGUUUGAUUACAGAUGUUGGCAGCCUUAAAGUAAGGAAUAACCCACUAUGUAAGAGGAAUACUUGCCAGGGUUCUGUAACAGGAUUAACUCUACAUUGCAAAGUCAUCUCUUUGAAUUAAAUGUUUAUAGUGUAGAAGAGGCUGACCUUUUUUUAAAAAAAAUCAUGUACAUUUUGAAGCACAGUAGUUGGGCUAAUACUUGUUCAACAAGUCUGAAUGGCUUGUCUUCCAUUUGAUGGCAAAGUGUCCUCUAGUUCCUCUGAGCAUUCUAAGUUAAUGACAUACACUAUCAUAUUGUCUAUGCUUUAUUUGAUGGGGGAGGGAAUCUGACAUUUGCACUCAAUGUUCAUGGCAGUAGGGGUUUAGUUUAAUGUUAAAUGGGGUUAAUCACCUUAUUGCUGCCUUAUACAGAGCACCCAGGAGGACUGAAGAUAUGCAACUUCCUUGAAUAACUUGUAUAUUUUUACUAAAGAGAACUUGCAUCCGCAACUGUCUUAAGCUAUUUGGCACCUUUUGACAAACUUUAGUUAAUAUAUAAGUUCUUGCCAUGUAAACGGAAUAGUAAAAAACAAAUAUGCACAGGUAAAGUUGUUCUUGUUCUUUUUAAAAUAAAAUCUCUGGAGGAAAAGGAA